GAGGAGGCGGUGGUAACAGGAGCAGCCUCAGGAACAGUAACUGGACUUCUGUAUUUCAAAAUAUAUAUCUGAUUGGAUGUGAUCCUCCUUCAAGAACUUGAGCUGCCAAGAUGAAGAUGAAAAUCUUGUUGUUGUUUUCCAUACUGACGAUCCCUGCCAUAGUGGUGUUUUACUCUUCUUCAUGGAUCUCCUCGGUGUACCAAGAGUCCUUCGCCCCUCGAGUGAACGAAAGUCUUUGUGCAUGUCAAAAAUGUAUGAUGGAGUAUGAGCCGUGGUUUAGUGCGUUGAUGAAAGCCUCACCCGAGCCCUUUUUGACACCAGAAAACAAUGUUUCAUUGGAAGACUUUAAGUGGUAUCAGAGCAUACAGUCAGACCGACGCAGCUUCAGUGUCUACAAUACAACAGUGAAUAAAUUGUUUCAAAUCAUCCCACACAGUAAUGAUUUCACAAAGCCCGGCCCCGAUCGCUGCACGACUUGUGCAGUGGUUGGAAAUUCUGGUAAUUUGAAAGGAUCACACUAUGGACCUCUAAUAGAUUUUCAUGAUAUCGUCAUAAGAAUCAACCAAGGCCCAACCAAAGGCUAUGAGAGACAUGUAGGAAACAAAACAACACAUCGGGUGAUGUUUCCAGUCAGUGCUACUAAUCUGGACAACAGCACUCAUCUUGUGCUGUUCGCAUUCAAGAUCAGGGAUUUAGAGUGGCUCAUCAAAACCUUCACUCAAAGGAAAGAUGCAGAGUCAGGGUUAAAAGCUAACAAAAAUUUGGUGAUGAUCCUCAAUCCAGCUUUCAUGAAAUACGUUCAUCUCAAUUGGCUCGGGAGGAAGGGCCAAUAUCCAUCUACUGGCUUUUUGACUUUGAUUUUCAGCCUCUACAUGUGUGAUGAGGUCAGUUUAUUCGGGUUUGGAGCAGACAAAAAAGGAAUAUGGAACCAUUACUUUGAAGCUGUACAAUUGAGUCUUUGGAGAAAAACUGGCAAUCAUCCUGGAUCUGUUGAGGCCUCAAUGAUUAGGGAACUUCAUAUGCGGAAAAAAAUUUAUUUGUACAAAGGAAUGUACCGGUAGGUCGGUCUGAAGACGAAGGGUUUGAGCUCGACGUGAAGCCUGGAUUCAGAGGAACUGGAGGUGGAAGGAGGCCUGCGUCGAGUCGCCUGCCAUGACAGAGCAGAUUUACAGCUUUAACGAUGCGCUGUGAUUGGCUUGUGGGAAUAGAGACGAGGGAGUGGGAGACUGGGGAGUGAACGUCCCGUUCUGAAAUGUAAAGUGAUUACGUAUUUAAAGAUGUACAAAUUGAAUGCAAAGGCAAAGGUUUUUUUCUUUUUAAUGCCCGAUUGUUUUUUGGCAAGUUGGUGUUUUACCUUUAUUGAGACAAAGAGUUGCUAGAAAAUAUGUUUACUACUAAUAUAAUAAGAUAAGAGCCGGCCACUCUUAGUUUAGUUUUGAGUUGUAUCGGCAUUGACCAUUGAUGUGCUUUUAUUAAUUGUUUACAUCCCCAUGUUUAAGGUGCUGCUGUGACGUUAUUAUGCUUCAUAUUUUCAUGAAAACAAAUCCUGAUUUUCAUUCUAUGUUAUCAGAAAACUGGGACCCUCCUUGUAUUGUUUACAAUUCAUCAUGCAAAGAUAUAUAAGAUCAAUUAGGAGUACUGUUAAACCAUAUUACCUCCAUCAU